GUGUCAAAACGAAAAUAAGAGAAAAUAGUGUAGACUAACAAAAGCUUAUACAAAGUUCCCAUUUUUGAGGCUGAGAGCUUCUUCUUCUUCUCUAUCAAAUUCACAGCUCCAACAACAAUGUCUAUGGCCUUAUUCUCAUCUCCUCCACUCCAUUUCCCAGCUCUCUCUCCUCCAAAACCCCAUUUAACCCAUAAACCAUUUCUCCCUUUACCUCUCAAAAAACCCUUUUUGAUUUCCCCUAAAUCCAUUGACGAUGCUUCUUCUUCUUCUUCUGCUGUCAGUAUAGAGCAAGAAAAGGACGAGGGAUCUAAUGGGGUGCUGUUAAAAUCAAAUGGGUCGUCGCCAGUGGUGGUCGCCGGAGCUCCGGUGACGGAGACUGAGGAGGUGAGGAAGUUUCAGGAUGCUAGAUGGGUUGGAGGAACUUGGGAUUUGAAGAAAUUUGAGAAAGAUGGGAAGGUUCAUUGGGAUUCUGUAAUUGAUGCAGAGGUUAGGAGAAGGAAGUGGUUAGAAGAUAACCCCGAGUCAUCAAGUAAUGAAGAUCCUGUGCUUUUCGACACCUCAAUUAUUCCUUGGUGGGCAUGGAUGAAGAGGUUCCAUCUUCCUGAAGCAGAACGUCUCAAUGGUCGUGCUGCAAUGAUUGGUUUCUUUAUGGCCUACUUUGUGGAUAGCUUGACCGGUAUAGGCCUCGUCGACCAAAUGGGGAAUUUCUUUUGCAAAACACUAUUGUUUGUAGCCGUGGCUGGUGUCCUCCUAAUCCGCAAGAAUGAGGAUUUAGAAACUAUCAAAAAGUUGUUGGAAGAGACUACUUUCUAUGACAAGCAAUGGCAAGCAUCUUGGAAAGAUGAGACCUCAAGCAGUUCGAAGGAUUCUUGAGAUUGUUCCUCGUAUAACAUUAGUUUUUCAUACUUACAGGAAGAUGUAAUCCAGGUAGUUCUUCUAUGCUAAUCGAAGGAGAAUUCGUAUUCUCCAUUUUGUUGUAGUGCUUGGUCUGCCAUGUAAUUUUUAUUUUUUUGGCCUUUUUCUGUUUCUGGCAAUGAUUUUAUAUUUAGUUCUUUUGCCAUUGUUGUAAAGUCUUUUUGCUGAUCAUGAGUAUUGUUUUUCUAA